GCCAUUUGAUAUUGUAGGUUGGUGUUUUUGUGUACUAUGCCUUGAAUUUGGGGGAUGUCGGGCCUUACACCCCAGUUCCAUGGAAGUCUCCUCUUAUAUAUAAUCCCAAACGCCGCCUGGAAGCUUGGAGGUUUAUCUCAUACAUGUUUCUACAUGCAGGAUAUGUGCACCUUCUUUCAAAUGUAAUGGUAGCUCUUUUUGUUGGGAUUCCUCUUGAGAUGGUGCAUCGGUGGUGGAGAUUGCUUAUUUUGUAUGUAGCUGGUGUACUAGCAGGGUCCCUUGCUGCUUCCAUGUUUGAUCCUCAUGCAUAUUUGGUUGGUGCAUCAGGUGGCUGCUAUGCUCUAAUAGCGGCACAUUUAGCUAAUGUAAUCAUAAAUUGGGCUGAAAUGCCUUUUAACUGGGCACGACUCCUUGUGUUAGGUACUCUGAUGGCUGCUGAUGUAAGUGUUUUUGCUUACAUGAACAUUACUGGUACAACCACAAAAGUGAGCUAUGUUGCCCAUCUUGCUGGAUUUAUUGCUGGUCUCUUGUUGGGAACAGUGACAUUGCGCAACCUGCAGGAGCAUCGGUGGGAGGUUAUCUUGAAAUGGAUACUUUUUGCUAUCUUUCUGAUUCUCAUUAUUGCUGCUAUUACCAUUCAGAUAGCUUUCCCUGAUCUUGUUGAUUUAUAUCCGCCUAUGCCUGGCAAGACUGUUGGAGAACUUACAGCUGCUAAUGUAACUUUGGAUGCAUAGUUAAUAAGAAAGGAAAAGAAUUGCUCUUUGGCCAAAGCCCCCAUCUUCAAGUACAGUUGACUUCACCUCUUAAUAGAAGGGACCACAUUAAUUUUAUUCCGUUUCAUAUCAGAAGCAUUUCAUUGCAGGAAUGAAAUAUUUUAAGGUGGGUGCAAACAUACCUUUAUAGCAAACUGUACACCUUAUGGAGUGUAAAUCUCAUGAAUGUGUCCUUGUUUUAAGUAUGUAUAUACUGCAACUAUGUACACACUGUGUAUAUGUUACCUUUUCACUUUCUAAAGGCAGCUUUUGUAUAUUUUUUCUCUCAGGUUUCAGUAUUUUUGUUUGUAUGUUUUUUAAUUUUGUAGUCUAAACUAUAAUUCAUCUCACUUGCAAAGCUUUUUUUAUGAAAGGGUGGUUAGUGUGACAAUUUUAUAUUCUUAAUUUUCCUUCUACGACAUAAAGACGUUAGUGUUACCCCUAAUGAGUGUAUCUUGGUGAAAACAUUUAUUUGUAUACUGUGUAAAUGCCCUUCUUGAAUUGCCUGACUAAUUCUCAUUUACACUUUACAGUACAAAAAAGUAAAUUCUGGGAACCUGAAGUAAAAAUAUUAAUGGUAAUACUGUAUGUUGCAAAUCAUGUCACCUUCCCAUUAUAGUUAAGUAAAUUAUUUGGUGUAUUCCUCGUUUUCUUCAUAGGAGACAAAAUGCUAUUAGCAAAUUUUGCAAAUCAAGCCUCUGAAAUUUGUAUGUUAUUAAUUGUUUUAUUAUUAUUAUAUUAAAAACCGUACUGCUAAUUUACAUCCAUUCUGCUUCUCUAGAGUUUUUCCAGUGCUUUUCGUUUUAUUUUUUCUGCAGCAGGAAGAUUAAAGAUAGCUUCAUUAAGAGGCAUUGAGAGCAAAAGCCUUUUUUGAGGAAAUGUAAAUCUCUUUUCCCUGAAGAUGACUCCUUGCUGUUAGUGCAUCUUGAUGAAGAUAUCUUUGGUUUUCCUACCAAGAAAAAUGGAAUAUAAAAACCAUAGGAAAACUGUUGGAGAAGCAGAGUAGAUGUAGUUUAUUAGUACUUUUUAAAUAAUGUUUUCGUGAAAAAAUGCUUACUGCCUGUACAUGAUCAUUAUUGUUGUUGUUGGAAAACUUUCUCCCGUGUUAUUAUCGUACUCGACUUUUCUUGCCCAGUACUUUGGUCUCUUCCUUUUAUAAGUCGAGGUAAAAGAGGUUAUGCUUUGUCCUCUUGUGUUCCAAGAUAUAACAUAAUCCAUAUUGUCUUGACAGAUUAAAGUUCUAAACAAUCCACAUGGUGCCUCUACUACAGUCAAGGCUGUAAUUUAUGAAGAUGCUGUGAUACUUUGAAGUUCAAAAUUACCUUUGCCGACUACAUAUCCUGUUGGCUUUUGCAAGUGGGAAGAUUUAUAUACUAUUUUAUUUUGUUCAAUAUAAAAUAUUUUGAAUAACCACAAAUUCUAAUUUAUUUCUAUUUUUAAUUCUUUAAGUUAGUUUGAGUAUACGUAGUUGCAUUUGCCAACUGAAAUGUGUUGAAUUUUUAUUUUGAUAAUUGGAAUUGAAGGUUUUUUUAUAGAUGCUUUUUACUUCUUUAUACAGUAUUUAUUAUUUUGAUUUUUUGUGCUGUUACUAAUAAUAACAUAGGUACAAUAGUAUAUCUUUAUCAUGCUUACUUUUGAAGAAACUAUUCAAUCUACAUUUUGUAUAGAAUUUCCUAUAUUUAUCAACUGUUUGUUUGAGUUUAUUAUUUUCCUUGUCUCUUCCAUCAAAACAUUAAUUUUUUUAUGUAUUAUUUUGAUAUUGUAGGAUUAGGACUUUUUUUUUUUCUUCUUCUCUUUGUAAUAGAGUUGCUGUAAGCUUGAGUAACAAAUUUCACUUGUUGUAUAUAGUUAUGUACUAUUGCUAAGAAUUAUGCCAGGCAAAGUAAAGAAAUCUAUAUCUGAAUUAGACAUAGAAAUGCCUGUUGAUUGAAACAGUUGUUUUCUAGAAGCAGAGUGAAUUGACAACUGAGCAGAGAAGAGCUGGGAUGAAAUUAUUCUGCCAUUAGUUUAUAUCGAACUUUAGUCUAUAUUUUUCAUACUGGAAUGAAUAUAUUAUGAACUGAAAUCAGUGCAUGAUUAUUCUUGAGCAUUAGAAUACUAUUUAAAAAGUAUUGUGCACUUUUUACCCUGAAUAUUUUAUUUUAGUUUUCCAAAAAAAAGUAGAUAUAGUUACAUUUUCUAAUAGAUUAGUCACUGCAGGUACAGAAAGUCCAAUUCCCUGGCAUCCCUUAAUCUGGAAAACUGGCUUGUAUGGUAGUUAUGUAAAAAAAAAAAAAAAAAAAAAGUCACAUUCUAGAUUACUUACCAGUCUGGCACCAUUCCACCAACUAUCGUGUGUCAGUUAAGAAAGAAACAAUAUUAUUAAUUUACAGAGAUUAUUAUGUACAGUGAAUGUGUGUGAACAGCUGUAUAAAAAUAGUAACAUGUCAGAACAGAAACAAACUUACUAUAUGGAAAACAUGCUGUCAUAGUAAUGGAAAUAUAUCUUGAAUUAAAAUUUGGUAUGUUUUCACUAUGACAUGUAUACACAGGAUUCCAUUUAGUCUAGGCUAGGAUGGCUGCACUUGGUAUGUAAUCAGUAUCAUAAGCACUGUUUAAAUUAAGUAUGACUUGAUUAUUGUAUAAUUAAUAGUCUGUUUGAUUAAAUUGUAGUAGAAUGAGAAAAUUUCUCAUAUGAUGAAGUGAUAAUAAGAAAGAUGCAUAACUGAAGGUAAAUAGGCAACUACCCAGCCUAGAGUAUGAGUGAAUGAAAAACAAAGGUGGGCAGUUAUAGUAUUCAUAGCAGGAGGGAUAGUUUGAGGUCCUUUUGGGUUGAAUAUUCAUUAGUUUGUUGCUAAAUUGUGGGGUCUUUGCUGUAAAGCUUGCAGAUGAUUUGAUCUUUUUUGUUGUAUUGAUGAGGGAGUUUUCUGCUGGUGUAUUGCCCACUGGUGUGUGGUGUAAUUGUUGGCUCCAGUGAGGGCGUGCUUGUUCAACUUAUUUCUCUCUAUUACUCACUCAUUUACACCAGUGAGGGGAUACAUCAGCAGAAACCCCCCAAGCUCUCCCAAUCAGCACAACCAAGAAGGCCUGAAUGUCUAUGAGCUGUACAGCAAAGACCUCCUGUGUUGGAAAUGAACCAAUGAAAAUUUAAUCUGUCAGGGACCUCAAACCAGCUUCCCCUGGGGGGGGAGGCUAUUCAGAAUUGGGGUGUGUUGGUCAGUGUCUUCUGUGCUGGAAAAUAUUCUUUAUAUUGUUUAUGUGUAUAUGCAUAUGUACAUAUGGAAUUAAAAGGCAAAUGUUUGUAUGAAUUUGUCUUCAUGUUUUUGAUGCCUUAUGAAGUUUCCAACUUUUAUUUUUGGCCAUAUCAGAACUGAUGUGCCUUUUAAACAUGUGACCCACAGUACAAGGAGGUUCUGUAGGCAGGAUAGAAGUCUAGUACUUAUCUGCACUAGGUUCUGUAGCAGGAUAGAAGUCUAGUUAUCUGCACUGACAUAAAUUUAUUUGAAAUGCUCUCAUAUUCAGUGAGAACCAUAAAAAUGUUUUCAUUCUUGUCAGUAUCCCAUGUGUUUUGGAUGGGUCAACUGUAAGUGUCUUUGAAAAAAUGUAUGCUUGAUGACCUUGAAAACUCUUGCAUCAUUGGAUCCUUGGCUUUUUGUAACAAAAAACCCAAAAAGAAUGAAGAAAUGGAUCUGAGACUCCUGUUUAAGAACUUAAGAAAUUGUAUUUAAUCAGUUACAGUAGUAUUUGUGUCUUCAAGUGUUUAUUUUUAAACCUGAAAAAUAGAAAACUUGGUUUAUGCUAAAAAUGAUGCUUAUGUUUUCAACAUUUCAUCCUUAAUAAGUUUCAGAUGUUAUAAAAACUUUAGUAAAUCAUGUGGUUUUAUUUAGGGUAUUUAAAGAAAUGUUGAUGCCAUUACCUGUUCAGUUUGAAAAGGAUAAGUGCACCAGGAAUGACAAUUCAGUGCUAGUCGAACUGAGAGAACAAUAAAAGGAAAAAGAUGCCAAGCACUUUAGGAAAAGUAAAUUUAUUAGGUAGUAUGUACUGGUUGCUUAUUGUACAGCACUGUACACAUUUUGUAAUUCUUGUACAUGAUAAUUAAUUUUUCACACUUAAAAUAGUUAUUAAUUUUUCACACUUAAAAUAUACAAGCUCUGAAUUUCUUAUAAAAAACCUAGUGCCUUAUAAAUAAAUGAUAAACAGUUUGGUUAACUCGGUUAAUCCAGUCAUUAUAAUCUUAAAGCUCUGCAAUUUUUAAGAAAAUCAGUUUUUUUUUUACUAAACACAAGCACUACAGGGCCAACCCUAAUGAGAGUUAAGUAUUCCACCUGGUUAAACUGUCAUGAUUAAACUACGUAAUGAUAAUGGAAAUAUGUGGUUAAAUCUCUUAUAACCAGUCAGUCUGUCAAAUUGAUGGUCAAAUAGAAAGCACAAUACAAGUUUAUGGUUCAGAGGCAACUAGGCCUAGUUCUUACCUAAAGAGAAAUAUCAUUCACUACUUCACUAGUCUUGGCUAAUAAUUAUUUUUAGUCACAAAUCACUUUUGGAAUAUUAAUACUGAAACAUAACUUUACAAGUGGAUAUUUAGCCAAUAUGUUUUAAGGAACUUUGAAAAUACAGUAUACGUGGACACUAUCAAACAAACACAACAGGUUAAGGGAACACUGAUUAUGGCAACUGUCUAACACUUCAUAUUCAACUUUUAGAUUUAGAUGAAAGCAAAUAGGGCAUAUCACGGGGGUCCGAGCUUGAUUGAUGGCCAAUCAUCCGCCUCGUAUAAGCAUGAGUUACCAGAUGCCACAGAUUCCUUGUUUUACAAUCUUUGAUUGUUUUUGCUGGUUUCCAGCUAACACUAGAUUAUCUUUAUUGUUAAGACCUCAGGUUUGUUAGCUAUGAAAAAUACAAAUUGACUAAAAUUUGUCAUUUUUUCUUAAAGCAAGGAUAUAUUCUCUCUCUAGCUAACAUUGUUAUUAUAAACUUUCUCAUGUGAAAGUACAAACUUAAGAUCUUUUAUAUUUAUUAUUUAUAUUACCCUUUAUGAUUGUAUGUCAAAUUAUGUAAGUAUUUGGACAGUUAUGUACAGAAUGUUUUUCAUUUUGGCAGUUUCUAUCCUCCCAUGAAACUAGGCUAUAUACUAUGGAAAUGUAAAUUAUAGUCUUUAUAAAAGAAAACUGUGAUAUUGGAUUCUGAAGCCAUAAGUAUUUUAUUUGAAAAAACCUAUUAUGAAGAAAAACUUUUUAUUUCUAGUAAACUUUCACAGUAUGUACAAGUUCCCUUGUAUGUGAAUACAUGCCAUUUUUUAUUUUAUACAGUAAUAUGUCAAUACAUUAAUGAGGGUAACACUUUUCAGAAGAGGAAACAUAAUUUUGCAGGGUAUAUUUUGGUUUCAAGUUCCUGAAUCAUCAGUACCAUAUUUGCUGGCAUAUAAGACAUACCCUCGCAUUGUCCAUUUAUUUUAAAAUAUCUUUCAAAUGAUUUUUGAGGAAAAUUGUAUCAUUGUGGGCAUGAAACACAAUAUUGUGAGAGUACUAUAUUGGAAUAAAAUAUGGACUCUUUAUGAAAUUAAUCAUGAAUAAAGAAUGGAUGGUGCUAUGGUUUUGUUUACAUCCACUCAUUGUAAAUGGGUCAGAGGCUAACUGCCGGCGUAUCAGGCAAUUUUUUGAAAUUUGUGGUAACACUGAUAAUUUUAUCAUUUGUAGUAAUUAGGCUUGUUUUUCAAUAUUUUAUUAUUGGCAUCAAUUUUUGUGCCUGCCCAAUGUGUUCACUGUAGGAAAGGCCUAGCCCAGCCUAUGGCUCUUGGUCUACCAUCUGUAUUACAGCUGCAUUGUACGCAGAGCAAUUUUUUAUAGUACAUUUAAAUUUUUUUUUAAAAAGUGUCUAAUAUGCCAGCAAAUACGGUAGUUUCUGUGCAUGAUACAGUCGGAGAUGAGUCUAUAUAAGAGUCAGAGGUCUGGAAAAACUAAUCAUUAUUAUUAUUAUUAUUAUUGUUAUAAUGGAAGUUUGUCUCCGAUAACAGAGUUGAUUAUUAGUGUGCAUUAAAAUUUUAGAUAUUUCAUGAAAAUAAACUGCUGAAAACUUUGUAAGGAGAACAAGAUGUGAAGUUUGUAAACGACUAAAAAGUGUUGCAAUGCCUUAUUUUAUCUAGCAAAAUUUUGUUGGAAAGGUACCAAAAUCAUUACUUUUAUAAUGUUCAUGUCACAUAAUUGGGAACUUUACUACAGAGCUGUGCUACAAAGAUGUUAAAAACAUAGACUAAUGUAUGAACAUGUUUUUUCAUGUUAUAUAACACAGUAUACUGAAACUACAGAUAUUCUAAUUUAUAUAUUUUUACUCUACAGUUUAUAAUUAAAAGUGUGUGUGUAUGAGAUUCAAAUUGAUUUAAUCUUUGUCAGGAUUUUGUAUUGAAUGUUUCCAAGUGUUUUAGGCUUCCCCAUUUUAAAGAAUAUAAUGGAAAGAAUUGAUCUGUUCUAUAGUAUGCUACAAGUUUGACUAUUUUUUGUGAAUUUCUAAAAUAUGAUUGACAAUGAAUGUCAAGUUUUGGAAACAAAUCAAAGACGUUGUGUCAAUCUAUAUUUUCAGUUGCCCCAAUUAUAACAUUUUAAAAACUAAUUAGUCAGUUAAUUCUAAAUUUUAAAAACUGUAAUUUAAUCAGUUACAUCUAAGCUUUACUAUUAUUAAUAAAGACAAUACUCUCAGGCUAGGCCUGCGAGAGAUAAGUGACUUAGCUCAGUGGUCUGGUUAAGCUAUAUGAUAAUACGUACAUAUAAUAUUAAAGUUUGAAAAAUAUUGACUUUUUGUAAUUUCCCAGGAAUCAAGUUACAAUGGUUGGUUAAAGUAUAUAGUACAUAAGUAUUUGUUUGAAAUGAUUGACUGUAUUCAUAAUUUCCCAGGAAUUAAGUUACAAAGGUCUUAUUAAUUUUAGGAUAUAAUAAUAGUAGGUACAUAGAUGUACCUGUAUUAAGGUUUGAAAGUAUUAACUGUAUUCAUAAUUUCCCAGGAAUUAAAAGUUAUGGUCUAGAUUAGGUUAGACAUUAUUUUAUAGAUCUGAGAACUUUUAUUUGUGUUUUUAACUUAACAUUUUGCAUUACACGAUAUAUGUACGUAAUAUGUACUAAUGUUCACUCAAUAUGAAUAGAAAUAAUUGAAGAUGGUUACCAUCAUUGCUUUGUUUAUGAAUUGUAGGUUUGAGUUUAAUUAUAUAGCACAUUAUACUGUAGCUACUAACAUAAGUUUUCACAAAACCUUUAUUUUUGUGAUAUGUAAUUUGUCUUUUUGAUGUGAUAAAACCAUGCUUUUUGUAGAGACAUAGGCUGUAAGUAUUUGAGAUGUUUAUUAAACAUAUUUUCAAGGAUUUAGUUAUUUUUUACUCUAAUAAAUUAUGUACACUAA